GAAAAUUAGUAAAUCUGUCAAGAAAGUGAAAUUUCUAGUUGGUUUGAAAAGUAGAUAUUUUUCAUGCAUAACCUAAACUACAUGAAAGGAUCAAAUUGCCAACAAUCAUGGGUAUAUUUGUCUUGUUCACCAGUGGUUUCUGCCCAGUUUGGCUUGCUGCUCAGAAGCCCUCCAUUUUACUAAGCUUGCAUCUCAUACUUGAGAAGUGGAAAGUUCUUUAAAAUGCAAGAAAAUCUUUCAGUAGAUGAUACAAUGAGUCACAAAGAUGGUGACAAGCAGAUUUCUGCCUCAGUUAAGUCUCGCUGUGGAUCUCCAGACAAUGUUAUUCAAGAGAAAUCUUCUAGGGAAGUGUGUGCUGAAAAUAACCCUUCUGGUGUUAAUAACAGACCAUCUGAAGCUCAAGGUAUCCCAAACAUAUCACCAGACCCUAUCAUAUCAGUCUCUGAAGGAUCUAUUGCUACAAAAGGAAUCUCUAAAAAUAAAAUUGUUUUGUCAAAAAGCAGUACAGAUAUAGAUGAAAAAAUUCUAAGUGAUUGCCAUGUUUCAAUCCAAAGAUGUUCCUCUACUAGUAAAAGCAAAAGAGACGAAGCUCAAGAUGGGAAAGAAGAAGAAACCAGACAAGAUACUAAAAGGAAGUCCAGAAAAUGCAAGCAGACUAGCAAAGCUAAUGCCCCUAGAGGCAAAGGUAGACGAUUUAUUUUCAAGAAAAAUGUUGCCAAGACUCCUGUGGCUGCCUCCAUACCUGUGUCGCUUGAAUCUGUAAUGUUUGAGGGCCAGUACUGGCAAGUGGGAGAUAUUGUGUCAGUCCAAGAUGUCGAUGGAGGCAUUUUUUACUGCCAGGUGCGGGGGCUGCUGCAGGAUCAGUACUGUGAAAAGAGUGCUGCUCUCACUUGGCUCCUUCCUACCAUCUACUCCCCUCCUCAAGCUGAACGUUUUGAUCCUGCUACAUAUAUCAUUGGACCUGAAGAAGAAAUCCCUCGUAAGAUGGAGUACUUAACGUUUGUGUGCCAUGCACCAUCUGACUACUACAAGCUGAAGAAUUCACCCUAUCCUACCUCCGCCAACCUCAGCAAUGCCGCUCAUGUGUGGGCAUCUAUGUCGUCUGUUGAUGUCAAAAUCAAAUCCCAGUCUUCACGUAGCUAGUCCCGAGCUGCAGUAUAUAUAUGUACCUAAACUCGCUUAAUUUUGCAGAAUUAUUCUUCUGUUUUGUUGCUGUCUGUUCUCUUUUGCCCGUCGCUGCACUUUAUUGGUGAUGGCAGUUGUUUUGAAAAUUUUCACUAUAGCUUUACUGCUUUUUUGUAAACUUAGAUAACUAUCAAACUAAAUCAAUAUGCUCUUUAGUCAUUUAAAAUCGUGAAAAGUAUGCAAUGUUUUAGAAAUUAUGAGGGCUUCUCAUUAGCUGACGGUAGUUCUGCUGCAUAUUAAACUUCAGAAUUAACAA